AUAUGUUAAAUUUAACGUUAUAGUUAUUUAAUUAACUUUAACAGCAGACACAUGUAGCCUACAGUAUCAAACAAACCGAUCAAUUAUAACAUCAAAGGAGUGAGCAAACUCCAUCCUGAUGAAGAGCCCCCAAGUGUUGCACUGGCAGCACUUGGGGGCUGGCAUGAAGUGUGUGCCGUCAGCUGCCUGGCGGAGGGACCCCAUCAGACCACUAUUGAAGAGUUUCUGCAUUGCUCUCAUUCCUGCUGGGGGUAGCUGAUAACACCACUGAAAGCCCUGAGCACUCACAACGCAUCUGACAAGAUGGCAGGAGGAAUCUUCACCAACUUGGAAAAUAUCUGUAAUGUGGAUUGUACGAAUGUCCACCCCCUGGUUUGUCACCUGUGCCAUGAGCAGUACCAGUCCCCGUGUUUGUUGGACUGCUACCACAUCUUCUGUGCCCGCUGCCUACGAGGCCGGACCAAUGACAGCCGUCUCAGCUGCCCCCUCUGUGGUUACCCAUCCAUAGUAAAAGGAAAUAGCGCCCUCCCUCCAGAGGACCGUCUGCUCAAAUUCCUGGUCGACAACAAUGCGGACGCUGAGGAGACGGUGCAGUGUGCCAACUGUGACCAGGAAAGUAACAAAAAGGAGGCAGGGGUGAUGUUCUAUUGUAACACUUGUAACCAGCCACUGUGCGCCGCCUGCAGAGAGUUGACUCACAAGGCCAGAAUGUUUUCCCACCAUGAGAUUGUAUCCCUGGCCAAACGAACCAAAGCCAAACACAGAAAGUGCUCUCUUCAUGAGGAGCCCUACAUCCUGUUCUCAACAGAGAAUAAGUCAAUGCUUUGCAUCAAGUGCUUCCGAGACACACAAGUGGAGAGUCGGACUCACUGCAUUGAUAUUGAAACAGCUUACGUGCAGGGGUGUGAGAUGUUGGACCAGGCUGUACUGGUGGUGAAGGAGCUGCAGACUUCAGCUCGAGAGGCGAUUGUUCUGCUGAGAGCAAUGAUAGGAGAAGUGUGUCUGAAUGUGGAGGAAGAAGAGAGUGCAAUCUGUAGUCUGUUCAACAGCUUGCAGGAAAAACUAGCAGAGAGGAAGAAGAUCCUCCUGAAAGCAGCUCAGAGUCAACAUGAGGAGAAGGAGAAAGCACUAAAGGAACAGCUCUCACACCUUACAGCCCUCCUGCCAACCCUCCAGGUUCACCUCGUCACCUGUUCGGCCUUCCUCAGCUCAGCCAACAAGUUUGAGUUUUUGGACAUGGGUUAUCAACUCAUGGAGAGGCUGAAGAGGAUUGUAAAGCUCCCUCAUCGACUGAGACCAGUGCAGAGCAGCAAAAUCAACACAGACUACAGAAGUGAGUUUGCACGCUGUCUGGAGCCCUUACUGCUGCUAGGUCAGCGCUGCCCUCCUUCUGUUGCCGGAUCAGCAAGUAUUGCAACAAGGCACCAGUCCCCUCUCUCCAUGUCUUGCCGCUCCCCGUCUCUCAGUGAAAUGCCCCGAAGGCCCACUUGUCACCGCAACAUCUGCACCAAGGUCCUCCUGGCUGAGGGGAGGGAAACACCCUUCACCGAGCACUGCCGCAACUAUGAGAACACCUACAGGACUUUCCAGACAGAGAUUCAGAAUCUAAAGGACCAGGUCCAGGAGCUGCACCGAGAUCUGACCAAGCACCACUCAAUCAUCAACACAGAUAAAAUGGGAGAGAUCCUGGACAGAUCGCUGCACAUUGACAGCCAGAUAGCUGCCCAGUACUCCACUGUGGAAACUAUGCGAGUCAUGUUUGAAGAGAUCUGGGAGGAGACCUUUCAGAGGGUCACAAAUGAGCAGGAGAUCUAUGAAGCCCAGCUUCAUGACCUACUGCAGCUGAAGCAGGAGAACUCUUACCUAACCACUAUCACCCGACAGAUCAGCCCCUACAUCCUGUCCAUUGCCAAAGUCAAAGAGAGACUCGAGCCCAGGUUUCAGGAGCCUAAGGAGCACCACGAUGACCGCACAGAAACAAUGCUGAAAAUCUAUGAAGACAGCACAAUUGCUACAGACAGUAACAACCAGACCUGUGUCACAGACCAAGACAGAGACAAGAACAACCGCCCGCUGAUCCUCGAGUCGGGGGAGAACUCUGUCAAGACCAAUUGCCCGGGCAGGAAGAGGGUUCCCACAGAGACAUCCAGCCACAAUGAGAUGCCUUCAUAAACACCAUGACAUCUGUCCCCCUCAACCAUCUCCUGCUCCUGUGUAGCAAUGUGACUUUAUUCAACCAUAACAAGCCAAGGAUGGAAUUUGACUUCCUCUGCUGUCCAGAUACUGUACAUAACAUUUUCUCCGCAGUGGGGAGCUGUCAACAGCCCUUAUAGACAGUAACUGGACGUACAUACAUGGAGGUCAAUGACUCACUGCUGUCAGAGCCGGACAUGGACAGCCUCCUUGUUCAAAAUGGACAAUUGGUGUUAUUUAAGGUGCAUGAACUGCUUUAAUGAGCAAAUAGAAUGAAUAAUAAUCUUACUUUCCUGGAUUGCCUUUUGUUGCUAUGUUUGUGCUUUAGCUGUUAAAAUGAUGAAUGAAGUAUCCUGAAAGUGA